AAAAUUACUUUUAUCCCCCUAGACCAAAGGAAAAUAACACCAGAAAGGAUCUCAGAGAAGAUGCUUAGCAAGGCAGAGGAAGCUCUUACUGAUAUUGAGAAAGCAAUAAAAGCAAGAAAGCCAGCUUCAGUGCUGUCAGAAUUAUGGUCCAAGUUCUUCAAGGCUGUCCCUCACCAGGAGCAAGCUCAGAAACCUCCCAUUCAGCAGAUGGGUGAAGCUGUAGAAACAUUUUUACAUAGGAAGAGAGAGACCAUGAUGAUUCUCAGUGAUAUAAAACUAACUUGGAGUUUAUUGGAACAGGUGAGAAUUUCACCUAGAGUAAUUUUUAAAACCCUUUACCAGGAAGCGACACCAGAGUUCCUACUACUAUAG